AUGUUGAACAAAAAUUGGGUGAAACUAAACAGAGCUACAAAAGAGUACACGGAUGCGGCAUGGGACUUUGUGAAAAUGGUAGAAAGAAAUUAUGGUUUUCCAAAUAAAAUUAUCUGUCCUUGUAAGAAGUGUCGAAACUUAAAUCAUCAUUGUGUUGAUGAUGUUUUUGAGCACUUAGUUAUAACCGGAAUGGAUCCAACUUAUCGUAUUUGGGUUCACCAUGGAGAGCAACCCAUUGAUACUCAAGUUGACGAAGUUUCGAAUGAUAUGGAUGCAUUUGAUUUAUACACGACUGCUGCCAUGGAUGAUGUGGACAAUAAUAUAGGUUGUGGAGGUGGUGAAGAUGAUGAAUUUGUUAACGAAGAUCUUCAAAAGAAGUUGGAGGAUGCGGAAACUCCUUUAUAUGAAGGGUGUGAGAAAUACACAAAACUUUCAUCAAUUGUAGGUUUAUAUAGGUUGAAGAAUCUGAAUGGUUGGACAGACAAAAGUUUUACUAGACUAUUAGAACUCCUUUGUGAUAUGUUUCCCAAAAACAAUGUACUUCCUGAUUCCAUGUACUCAGUUAGGAAAUUUUUGAGAAAUUUCGAUUUGAAAUAUGAAAAGAUUGAUGCUUGUAUUAAUGAUUGUUGCUUAUUUAGAAAGGAGAAGGCUAAAAUGGAUGUUUUUCCAAAGUGUAGUGUUUCUAGAUGGAAAGUUGAUAAACACACAAAGAAUGUUAAAGUUGGUGAGGCUGCCAAAGUUUUGAGGUAUUUUCCGAUAAUACCCCGAGUGAAAAGAUUGUUUAGAUCAAAAGAAAUGGCUGAAAACUUAAGGUGGCAUUUCACUCAUAAAAGUAUUGAUGGGAAGAUGCGACAUCCAGUGGAUACACCUGCUUGGGAUUCCAUUAAUGAAAGAUGGCCAGAGUUUAAUCUUGAACCACGCAACCUUAGGCUCGGACUAGCUGCUGAUGGAAUUAACCCCUAUAAAAGUCUAAGCUCCACUUAUAGUUGUUGGCCAGUGAUGCUUGUUAUCUAUAAUUUACCACCUUGGUUGUGCAUGAGGGACGAAAAUACAUUUUUGUCAUUAUUGAUUCCAGGUCGUAAACAACCUGGAAACGAUAUUGAUAUUUAUUUGGAGCCUCUUAUUGAAGACUUAAACAAAUUGUGGAAUAAUGGAGUGCAUACUUAUGAUGCAUUCGACAAAAGCUUCUUCAAUUUGAAGGCAAUGUUGUUGUGGACAAUAAACGAUUUUCCUGCAUAUGGAAAUCUUGCUGGGUGUACAACCAAAGGCAAGACAGCUUGCCCGAUUUGUGGUAAUGAUACAUGUGCAACUAGGCUGAAACAUAGUAAAAAAUUUUCAUACCAAAAUACUAGGAGAUUUCUCCCGUUUGAUCAUCCAUAUCGGUCUAAGAAAGCAUGGUUCAAUGGAGCUACAGAAGAAAGAGGCCCCCCUAAAGUUUUGAGUGGUAGUGAAAUUGUUGAAGAACUAAAUCAAAUUACCAACGAUUUUGGAAAAAAUAUGAAUCCCAAAAAAAGGAGUCGGGAUAAUAAGGUGGAAGGAAUGUGGAAGAAGAAAUCUAUAUUUUUCAAUCUACCAUAUUGGGAGGUUUUGUUAGUUCGUCAUAAUUUGGAUGUUAUGCAUAUAGAAAAAAAUGUGUGUGAUAGUAUUAUUAGCACAUUGUUGGGCUUGAAUGGAAAAUCCAAAGAUCAUCUUAAUGCUCGAUUGGAUUUAAAGGAUUUGGGUAUCAAGAAGGCCUUGCAUCCGGUGGAGAAAGAUAGGAUUAUACGACUUCCAGCAGCAUCUUACACACUUUCUAGAUCAGAGAAGACAAUGUUUUGCCAAAGGUUAUUUGAUUUAAAGUUACCUGAUGGUUAUAGCUCAAACAUUAGUAACUGUGUAGUAGUUGAGGAACGUAAGUUGAUGGGGCUUAAGUCUCAUGAUUUCCAUGUCUUAAUGCAACAAUUGCUGGUAGUGGCCAUUCGAGGAUUGAUGGAGGAUGGUCCAAGAGAGGCAAUUAUAAGACUUAGCAAAUUUUUUAAUGGAUUAUGCCAACAUGUGGUUGACGUAAAAGAAAUCAUAGAAUUGGAAGCAGAAGUAGUUGAAACAAUUUGUAUGUUUGAAAGAUAUUUUCCUCCUUCAUUCUUCGAUUCUAUGGUACAUUUAGUUGUUCACCUUGGACGAGAAGUGUUAUUAUGUGGUCCUGUUCAAUUUCGAUGGAUGUAUCACUUUGAAAGAUAUAUGAAGUUACUUAAAGGGUAUGUGAUGCAACCUACACAUCCCGAAGCAUCUAUUGCUGAACGUUACCUUGCUGAUGAGUCAAUGCGCUUUUGUGCAUCAUUUUUGAAACAAUCUAAUGACGAAGGUUCCUUCAUUGGACGUAACGAAUAUAAUGAUAGUGAUGUGAUACUUGAAGGUCGUCCACUUCAUCGUGGUGUAACUGUUACACUAAAUGAUAAGGAUCUAGCUAGUGCACAUCGCUAUGUAUUAUUCAAUUUAGCUGUCACAGAGCAAUAUUUAGAGAUGCAUCUACAAGAACUAAAAAAGAAUAACAAUACUUUAAGAACCAAUCACACUCUACUUUGGAAACAACAUACUGAGCUUUUUCCCUUGUGGUUAGAAGAAAAGUUUUCUACUGCAGAAUUUGAUGCUAUGUUAUCAAGAUUAGCACAUGGUCCUCGCAAAGCAGUCAUAUCCUAUAAGGGAUAUGUUAUUAAUGGGCAGCGAUUUCAUACUAAGGAUGCAGAGAGAACGACACAAAAUAGUGGUGUUUAUAUGGAAGCAACAACAAUGUGUAGAUCUAGUGCUAAAGAUGAUGCACAAUUGGCCGAUGUUGUAGGAUAUUAUGGGUGCAAUUGGGCACAUGUUGGCAAGGGUGUAAAGAAGGUUGAUUGGUAUACUCUUGUAAAUCUACACCAAGGACAAAAAGAGUUUAUUAGAGAACCAUUCAUACUUGCUUCACAAGCUAAACAGAUAUUUUACGCAAGGGAGAAUGAAAAUUCAAAUUGGUACAAUAUGGAGACUAGAAAAAAGAAGCAGGAUGGAAGUGUAGUCAAUGAAAAGGAUGGAGGUUUAGUCAAUGAAAAGGAGGUUGGAUCACCUUCAACUCAAGUUCACUUGCAACCUGGUGCUUUGAAAGCAAUUGUGGCAGAAAAGAGGAGGCAAUUAGCAGCUAAGUUUGGAAAGUUGGCAGAGAAGAAGAAAUCGAAGCUUCGUUUUGCAUCCUCUACUAAAGUUGUAAUGGAUUCACCACCUGCAUCUAAAAGAUCUUAUGAAGCAGCGUUUGGUAUAAAUCCAACAAAUGAGGAUGACAACGAAGAUGAAAACAUGUCCCCACAACGAGCAACUGCGUUAGGUAGAACCCAAGCAACAUCUCCACUCCACAACCUGAACAAAACAAGAAGAUCUCUGCGCCAUUUUGUUGACAAUGAUUUUGAAGAUGAUUUUAACACUCCACAAAAGAAUUCAGAAACUAUGAUGAACGAGUCACCCAAGUCUAGGUUGAUUAGGCCAUCAACCAAAGGUUCUCCUGCUGCUAAUACAAGGUCCUCCCAUCGCCAAUCUAUUGCUCAUGAAGAAGAUGUGCCUCUCAAUAAUAAUCAGGAAGAAUUUCUAGUUAACUCUACAGAGCAUGUCACUCAAAACAAAAGAAAAAGAGGCCCAACAAAGCUGAAAGGUAUUGCUCUCCAACCUGAUGGUCGUAUUACUGUAAGCUGA